GGGGCGGAAGUUGCGAUGCAUUGUGGGCUCGCCGGGAGCCUCGGAGUCGAACCUGAAUGAAAGUGGCGCGCCGCUGUGGAGCCGGGUGCGGUUGCCGGCGCUAGGGUCCGGGCCGCUCGCUCCGGAGCGGUCGGCUAGGUGGCGGUGUGCGGCGCCGACAUGGCUUACAACAAGAUCCCGCCGCGAUGGCUGAACUGUCCGCGGCGCGGCCAGCCGGUGGCAGGAAGAUUCUUACCUCUGAAGACGAUGCUGGGGCCACGAUAUGAUAGUCAAGUUGCUGAAGAAAACCGGUUCCAUCCUAGUAUGCUCUCAAAUUACCUAAAGAGUCUGAAGGUUAAAAUGAGCUUGUUGGUGGAUCUGACAAAUACUUCAAGGUUCUAUGACAGAAAUGACAUAGAAAAAGAAGGAAUCAAGUAUAUCAAACUUCAGUGUAAAGGACAUGGUGAAUGCCCCACGACUGAGAAUACCGAGACGUUUAUUCGCCUGUGUGAGAGGUUCAAUGAAAGAAGCCCACCUGAACUUAUAGGUGUUCACUGCACCCAUGGCUUUAAUCGGACCGGUUUCCUCAUAUGUGCCUUUUUGGUGGAGAAAAUGGAUUGGAGUAUUGAAGCAGCAGUUGCUACGUUUGCCCAAGCCAGACCACCAGGAAUCUAUAAGGGUGAUUAUUUGAAGGAACUUUUUCGUCGCUAUGGUGAUAUAGAAGAGGCACCACCACCACCUGUAUUGCCAGAUUGGUGUUAUGAGGAUGAUGAUGAAGAAGAUGAGGAUGAAGAUGGAAAAAAGGACUCAGAACCUGGGUCAAGUGCUUCCUUUGGUAAAAGGAGAAAAGAACGAUUAAAACUGGGUGCUAUUUUCUUGGAAGGUAUAACUGUUAAAGGUGUAACUCAAGUAACAACUCAACCAAAGUUAGGAGAGGUACAGCAGAAAUGUCAUCAGUUCUGUGGCUGGGAAGGGUCUGGGUUCCCUGGAGCACAGCCUGUUUCCAUGGACAAGCAAAAUAUUAGACUUUUAGAGCAGAAGCCAUAUAAAGUAAGCUGGAAAGCAGAUGGUACUCGUUAUAUGAUGUUGAUUGAUGGCACAAAUGAAGUUUUCAUGAUUGACAGAGAUAAUUCAGUGUUUCAUGUUUCAAAUCUGGAAUUUCCAUUUCGUAAAGAUCUCCGCAUGCAUUUAUCAAAUACACUUUUGGAUGGGGAAAUGAUCAUUGACAAAGUAAAUGGACAGGCUGUUCCAAGAUAUCUGAUAUAUGACAUAAUUAAAUUCAAUGCACAACCAGUUGGAGAUUGUGAUUUUAAUAUUCGCCUGCAGUGUAUUGAACGUGAAAUCAUAAGUCCACGGCAUGAAAAAAUGAAGACUGGGCUCAUUGACAAAACGCAAGAACCAUUUAGUGUCAGGCCUAAACCAUUUUUUGACAUCAAUAUUUCAAGAAAGCUCCUGGAAGGGAAUUUUGCCAAAGAAGUCAGCCAUGAAAUGGAUGGACUUAUUUUUCAGCCUACUGGAAAAUACAAACCUGGAAGAUGCGAUGAUAUUUUGAAAUGGAAACCUCCUAGUCUGAACUCGGUAGAUUUUCGGCUUAAGAUAACAAGAAUGGGAGGAGAGGGGUUGCUUCCACAGAAUGUUGGCCUUCUCUAUGUUGGAGGUUAUGAAAGACCCUUUGCACAAAUCAAGGUGACAAAAGAACUAAAACAGUACGACAACAAAAUUAUAGAAUGCAAAUUUGAGAAUAACAGCUGGGUCUUUAUGAGACAGAGAAUAGACAAGAGUUUCCCAAAUGCCUACAACACAGCCAUGGCUGUGUGCAACAGCAUCUCGAACCCUGUCACCAAGGAGAUGCUAUUUGAGUUCAUUGACAGAUGUGCAACAGCUGCCCAAGGACAGAAGCGAAAAUAUCCCCUGGACCCUGACACGGAGCUCAUGCCACCCCCACCACCCAAGAGACUGCACCGGCCAACCUAGUCCUGCCUGACCUCAUGCUCAAGAGGAAAAAAGAGUGAGAAGAAUGCUGUCGCCUCAUUUUCACAGCCAGAGAAUGAAAGAGACAAGUGUGGCUUGGUACUGACACAUGUGUCUUAAGGGAAGCCGUGUAGCCAGUCUGUGUAUAUUUGGUACAUUUGGUUUCUCAGAACUACAGUGCAUCAUGGACCUAUAUAUUUUAUUUAUACCUGAUAAAUUCAGCCUUACCUUGUGGAGUUUGAAGACUGAAAUAUCCAAAGGUUUAAAUCAGAUUGAAGUCAGUGAAGUAGAGGCCUUGUUUGUAUGUGAACAGAUACCUUUACAUUUGAUUCACAACUAGCAAUCUGAAACUGUGAGCACAUUGAGUUUUUUAGAAGUUGGAUUUUAAGUUUUCCUCUUAAAAAUGUAGACAGUGACAUUAAAAAUUCUCGCUGUCACUUAUCAUGGAUUUCCUAUAUUUCUGAGUUUUCUAUAUUCUGAACAAUGACAAGGUCAAGUAUUAUGCACAUUAAACAUUUUGGUCUGGCUAUCCCAUUUUAAAAAGGUUUUUUGUUUUGUUUUGUUUUUAGUGUGUGUGUAUGUGUGUUUGGGUGGGUGGGUGAGAGGUAAAAGUAAAACAGUAACAUCUCCUUUUCCCCCUGAUGAAUUGUAUUCUUUCUUUAGAAAGUACUUUGAGUGUUUUUACUAUUUCUCUUGUUUGAGCCACAGUGUCAGAUGUCUGGUGUUCCAUCCCGGCAGUGGUUUUGAGUUACUAUGUGGCACUUAGAUAAUAGAGCCCAGGUCCCUCAUGUGCUGCAGUCCUCAGAACAUUGCUUCUUUCAGACACCAGGGCCCCUUCUGCUGUACCUCAGUGGGAUCAUCACACACCACUCACUGUGAUCUCUGGGAGCAAUAGCAAACACAAAUGGUGUUGUGUUAGUUCCCUCAAACAAAGCGUCAGAAGCAAUAGCAGCUUAUUUCUUUAGUUGGAAGGUAAUGUCAACUGAAGAAGAUGUCUCUAGGAAGUGCUGUCCUCCCACUGGAUAGAUGCAAAUGCACUGCAGAGACUGAUCACGGAGGACAAGAUGAUGCUUCCACUGUUGCGGUUGCACCUGUGUCUGGGGGAUAUUUCAGUGAUGCGGCUUCACUCUGUGUUUACUAUAGACAGUGGGUUUAAAAGGCAGCUAAUGGUCCCUGACAUUGUAAAACAAACAAACAAACAAAAAACUGUUCUGAUUGGCUUGUGAGGGAACUCAGAAGUAGCAACUAGCAAACAGCUUAAUGUAUUUAUUUUUAGAGACACAGGUUUUAAGGAUAUGUAUUUAAUUAAAACAAAUUUUCAUGAUCUGAAUUUUUAUAUAUGUAUAAGCAUAUCUGAAAGUAUAUGCAACAGUGUAUAUUCUUGUACUGAUACAGCCAGAAGUGACAACCCAAAUGCACUACCCAGCAGACUGAAUAUCUGAUGAAAUCUUUAUUUGAAUAGCACAGAAGAACCAAAACUGUGUUUAUCUGAACCUGAGUUUUAAUGUUUUUAAACCUUUUCUUCUACAGUACUUUUCUACAUGGAAUACUAGGGCUGUGCUUGGGCUUAUGCCUCUGUUGUUCCCAAGUUAUGUAAUGCGUAGCAAAUUUAUUCAAAAUGCUGUUUUAAUGGUUUUUUUUUCCUAGAUUGCUUUUGUAUAUUUGAGCACUGAAGGGAUUUAAACUCCUGCCUGCUACAGUGAUUGUUGAGGGGAAAUUGUCAAGGUUCCUUCUGUCUUUCACAUGGUGGAUCCAAAGCUGCCUGUGAACUCCAGACUAUCUAGUAUCUGCCUCAACAGAGUCAGUGACUUUGCAUCAUCCAUGGUCGACUCCUAAGCUGCUGCAAAAGCAGAGCCCCUUCUCAGAUAGAGUAACAAGCUUUUGCCGGUGAUCUUAAAAGAGUCAAGAUGUUUGUGGUAACUCUAACAUCUUAAAUGAAUUUUGUGGAAAGAGCUUUGUAUAGGACUUACUUUUUCAGUUUAUCUUUUUCUUUCCUUUAUGGUAGCAUUAUAAUCAUUGGUCUUCUCAGCAGAGUCCAUGUAGUCCCCAGACACACAGCCUCCUCAAGUAUAGUAACAGUCAGUUAGGUUGUUGGGGGAAACCUGAAGGCAGGACUUGGACAUCUAAAGGAAAUGUUCCUUUCUUUGUGAGGGCAGUUCAUCCCUUCCCAGCUCAUGUUACGUUUUCGUCUUCUAGACAAGAGUAAAAAGACUAUUUUCAUGAGUUAUCGCAUGUAAAAGCUUGCUUUUUGUUCGGAAAAAAAUGUGGGUGACUACUGCCUGGGUGGUGACUUUGCUUUCCAUGAAAUACUCAGAAAUGCCAGAACAUUCCUUUCCUAAUUGUGUGUCAGUGUAUAAUGUAAUAAAACUACUGAUGUAAAAUAA